AUGGAUUUCCUUCAUCGGAAUGGAGUGAUUGUUAUUCAGCACUUGCAGAAGGACUACCGAGCCUACUACGAUUUCCUAAAUUUUAUGUCCAGUGUUGGAGAUCCCAGGAAUAUUUUUUCUAUUUACUUCCCACUUUGGUUUCAACUUAAUCAGACAGUAGGAACCAAGAUGAUAUGGGUAGCAGUCAUUGGAGAUUGGUUCAAUCUUAUAUUUAAAUGGAUAUUAUUUGGUCAUCGUCCAUAUUGGUGGAUCCAAGAAACUCAGAUUUACCCAAAUCACUCCAGCCCAUGUCUUGAGCAGUUCCCCACUACAUGUGAAACAGGACCAGGAAGUCCAUCCGGCCACGCAAUGGGGUCAUCAUGUGUCUGGUACGUCAUGGUGACGGCUGCUCUUAGCCACACUGUCAGCCGGGUGGACAAGCUCUCCAUCACUCUCCACAGAUUGACCUGGUCAUUUCUUUGGAGUCUUUUCUGGUUGAUUCAAAUCAGUGUCUGCAUCUCCAGAGUAUUCAUAGCAACACACUUCCCGCAUCAAGUUAUUCUGGGAGUAAUCGGUGGCAUGCUGGUGGCCGAAGCCUUUGAGCACACUCCGGGUAUUCACACGGCCAGCCUGAGCACAUACCUGAAGACCAACCUCUUCCUUUUCCUGUUUGCACUUAGCUUUUAUCUCCUUCUCAGACUGCUCGACAUUGAUUUGCUCUGGUCCGUGCCAAUAGCCAAGAAGUGGUGUGCCAACCCGGACUGGAUUCAUAUUGACACUACACCUUUUGCUGGACUCGUGAGAAACCUUGGGGUCCUCUUUGGGUUGGGUUUUGCAAUCAAUUCAGAAAUGUUUCUUAUGAGCUGCCGAGGGGAAAAUGGCUACAAACCGAGCUUCCGCUUGCUCUGUGCCGUGACCUCGUUGACCACAUUGCAGCUCUACCAUUUCAUCAAGAUCCCCACUCAUACAGAGUAUUUAUUUUAUGUGCUGUCUUUCUGUAAAAGUGCAUCAAUCCCACUGACUGUGGUGGCUCUGAUUCCCUACUGUAUACAUAUGUUAAUGAAACCAAGUGAAAGAAAGAUUAAAUAG